AUGGGCAAAGCACCCUCUCGAAAAUCGACCGACGCGUCCAAGGUCGCCGGGAAACCGGCGCCGGUGCUCAGCCUAGUCUCAUGGCGGCCUCUCUACCCGCACACUCGCCGAGGGUUCGCUUCGUACGAUAAGGAGAAGAAGAGCUGGUGGAUCAAAGCCAUCGAAUGGGUCAGAAACAACCAUUCCUCGCCCGCUGUGCUAGCUGCGCUGCCGGGCUUGGAAUACGGCAAUCGUAUAUCCGCGAUCUUGAAGUUGGAGAAAUACUUGGUGCAAUUUGCCCUGUACAAACUCCGAUAUCCCAUAUGUCCAGGGGAAUUGCAGUUGGAAGCCGACACUGGGCCGGCGGAUCUGUGCAAAGUCUGUUGGAGACGCCAUCUUGCAUCGGAAGCCUUCAGUCGACAUCAGAAUGUAUGGACGCUGGAUACCAUGGAACUGGCCAUGAGGAAGAAGUGGCACGAAGGCCUGGAAAGAAAGGUCAAGCAGCCUUUGAUCGACGAGCACAGAGAGGUGGAUCUGGCGAGGUUGACAGAUAGGAGGCAACUGGCGAGGUUGUUACAUGUAGACGACACUGCUGACCAGGAGUUGAGGGAGAAUGGGGCGGGCGUCUAUCUUGGACAAUGGUUCUAUCAGCAGCUCAAAAUCGCGCAGCAGAAUCAACAGCAAACGGGCAUGAUCAUGCCUAUGCCCAGCUCGGUUGCCAUGCCGAUCGCAAUCUCCACUCCGAUCCCCACAGCAAGCACGAUGUCAAAUUCGCACUCGGCCCCGGCGCUGUCUCGAGUGUGGACCCCAAUCUCGAUCGCUAUGCCAGACGUGACCACAGCCGCAGCGUCGACGUCGGCUUCCACCGCGAAGCCUUCGGUCCUCUCGCAAAGUCCCAAGCUGGCCUCGACCUUGACUUGCGGUCUUUCUCCAAACACACCCCUGACCUCGACGCCAAUCGGCAGUCCUACCCGGCCAGUGGCUUCGAGACCAAAGCCUCCUGCAGGUAUUCCGAAGAUGCCUGCGGCGAUGUUACACACCAGUAGAGGUCUAGCUCACGACGACAACCCCAACUUAAUCGUCGCCGCUGGACCGUCCCGCUACUCGUACAAGCCGUCGACGCCUCAGCUAGACCCGGUCGAAAAGGCGCUCUCGAGCUUGACAGCAUCGUACAAAAAACGUGACGAGUCGAGCCUGACUGCAUCGUCCGACAUGCGGAUGGAGGCGCCGUCAGGGACUCCUCCUCCGACCCCGCCCGCGAUGGAUGUCACCACUCGACCGGACGAGACGCUGAUUGAUCCAAGCCUGAUCGCAGUGAGAGGGGGAAACCUCUCGAUCAAGCCGGAAAAGCCUGCCUCCGCGACUCCCUCGAAGCGAGUACCGGACGAUCCUCGAGCAUUCGAGAAGAAGAACCGGGUCGUCCCCAUGCAUACUACCACUGGCGGAAAGUCGCUCGGUCUGCUUGAGAUGUACACUGACGACGAUGCGGAGGAAGCGGAUGAUCGCGGCGGGAGUGAUGACCCGAUGCAAGAAGAUGAUGCCGACGAGGCAGAGAUCAGGGAAGCUUCGGACGACAUUCGAGCUAUGACCGUGGACAGAGAGGAUGCGGUGAUCCCUGUGGUAACCCCUGCGCCACUUCCCCCGGCAUUGGAUGCGCUCGCCAUGUCUGAAGGAGUGACGGGAACCGAGGCCAUGCAGCUCGUGAUGAACUUCAUUGCCGAUAGCCAAAAGUGUGAGGCAGAGGUGAGGCAUGUGAAGACCCAGUACGAAGAUGACAAGACGAUCUGGAGCGAAAAAGAGAAAGAGUACAGGGAUCUGAAUAAGAAGAUGGAAGCCGAGAACAAGCGGCUUCGUAGGGAGAGAAACAGCGCGAGAGACGACUGGAAAGUCUGUGAAGCGGACAGGGUUCGUUUCAAGAACAAGCUUGAGCAUGCAGUAGCGGAUAAGACGGACCUGGAGGAGCAGGUUCGAGGGCUACAAGGGAAAUUGGCCGCGCUGGCUUGAUAGACAAGACAGACAGAUACAGACGAGUGUGACCGGUUCGAGAACGAAUCGAGAAACAGUUGUAUACCCCCCGACGCCAGUUAGUGCGAUACGAAUU